CCCGCUCCCGGCAGCCCCCGCGCCGCCUCUUCCGCCUGCGCCGCGCGGGCCCGGGGCGGCCAUGGCGUCGUGCGCGGAGAUCCUGCGCAGCGAGUUCCCCGACCUGGACGGCGAGGUCUUCGCGUACGUGACGGGUAUCCUGCGCGGCGGCGCCGCCGAGCUCGAGUCGGUGGACGAGGUGGUGGAGGCGGUGGGCGAGCUGCUGCGGGAGGCGUCGCCCGACGGCAAGGACGACGGCGCCAUCCGGGAGAUCUGCCAGCGCCUCUUCAACACCCUGCGGCUGGAUGAGGGAGAGGCCCAGUGCUGCAGCCAGGUGCUGCUGGAUGCCCCCAUCCAGCUCUCCCAGAUCACCGAUGGAUAUGCAGAGGCCAGCGUGGACCUGCUGCCGGGGCUGUUGCUGAAGAGAGGCCAGACCUCGAUGGUGAAUGCCAAGAAACUGGAGAAAGCAGAAGCCAGGCUGAAAGCCAAGCAGGACAAGAGGAUGGAGCGGGAUUCCCUGAAGUCAUCUGGCCCUCUGGUCCUUGAGGAGGCAUCUGCCAGCCAAGCUGCCAGCAAGAAGGAGACUCGCAUGGAGUCAUCGGGCAAGAACAAGUCUUAUGAUGUGCGCAUCGAGAACUUCGAUGUGUCCUUCGGUGAGCGUGUCCUCCUGGCAGGAGCAGACCUGAACCUGGCGUUCGGACGGCGCUACGGGCUGGUGGGCAGGAACGGGCUAGGGAAGACCACGCUGCUGAAGAUGAUUGCCAGCCGGAGCCUGCGCAUCCCCUCGCACAUCAGCAUCCUCCACGUGGAGCAGGAAGUGGCGGGAGACGAGACACCAGCGCUGCAGAGUGUGCUGGAGUGCGACACCACUCGUGAGAGCCUGCUGCGGGAGGAGAGGGAUCUGACAGCUAAGAUGAAUGCUGGCAGGGGAGAAGGGACUGAAGGUGCCAGGCUAUCGGAGAUCUAUGCGAAGCUGGAGGAGAUUGAGGCAGACAAGGCCCCAGCAAGGGCAUCCGUUAUUCUCGCUGGGCUAGGCUUUAAUGCGAAGAUGCAACAACAGACGACCAAAGAGUUUUCUGGAGGCUGGAGAAUGAGAUUGGCCUUAGCCAGAGCCCUGUUUGCCAGGCCAGAUCUCCUUCUGCUGGAUGAGCCAACGAAUAUGCUGGACGUGAGGGCCAUUUUGUGGCUCGAGACCUACCUGCAGACCUGGCAGUCGACCAUCCUUGUGGUGUCCCACGACAGGAACUUCCUGAACGCGGUGGCCACAGACAUCAUCCACCUGCACUCGCAGCGGCUGGACAUGUACCGUGGGGACUUUGAGAACUUCAUGAAGAUCAAGGAGGAACGGCUAAAGAACCAACAGCGAGAGUAUGAAGCCCAGCAGCAGUACCGUGAGCACAUCCAGGUUUUCAUCGAUCGCUUUCGCUACAAUGCCAACCGGGCAUCCCAAGUGCAGAGCAAGCUCAAGCUGUUGGAGAAGCUGCCAGAGCUGAAACCUGUGGACAAGGAGUCUGAGGUGAUGAUGAAGUUCCCUGAUGGCUUUGAGAAGUUCUCCCCCCCUAUCCUGCAGCUAGACGAAGUAGACUUCUAUUACGACCCGAGUCACUACAUUUUUCGUUCCCUGUCUGUCUCUGCUGACCUGGAGUCCCGCAUCUGUGUGGUUGGGGAAAACGGAGCUGGCAAGUCGACCAUGCUAAAGAUCUUAAUGGGGGAGCUGGCACCAGUCAGAGGGAUCAGACAUGCUCACAGAAAUCUGAAGAUCGGUUAUUUCAGCCAGCACCAUGUGGAUCAACUGGACUUGAACAUCAGUGCUGUUGAGUUGCUGGCAAGGAAGUUCCCAGGGAAGACAGAGGAAGAGUACCGGCAUCAGCUGGGUAGCUACGGCGUCUCGGGGGAGCUGGCUGUGCGUCCUGUGGCCAGCCUGUCUGGAGGUCAGAAGAGCCGUGUGGCCUUUGCCCAGAUGACUAUGUCCUGUCCAAACUUCUAUAUCCUGGAUGAGCCGACAAAUCACCUGGACAUGGAGACCAUUGAGGCACUCGCAAAGGCACUGAAUAAGUUCCGGGGUGGUAUAAUUCUGGUGUCCCAUGACGAGCGCUUCAUCCGCCUGGUGUGCCAGGAGCUGUGGGUGUGUGAGAAUGCCACCGUGACCCGCAUCGAAGGUGGCUUUGACCAGUACCGAGACAUCCUGAAGGAGCAGUUCCAGAAGGAGGGUUUCCUAUAAGGAAGGCGGGAGCCGAACUGUGCCGGGGGCUGGAGCGCAAAGCUUGGCCACCUCGGCAUCCAUCCCAACUGUGCCUGGCAGAGCGCUGAGGACGCUGCUGCCCGCAUGGACCAUCAGCCAUGCCAUCAAACUGCCACCUGAACUACUCUCCUGUCCCGGGAACGGGUGGAAGGCCAGCGAGGGUGCAGGAGCCCGGCACUGCGUAGGCCGGGGGCUCUGCUGUUGGUUGGGGCUGCGCCUGGCGCUGGGCGCACUGCAAAGGCUGUGCUGGGAGCUGCUGCUCUGCCGAGAGGAGGGAAGGAGAUGUUGCAUCCUGACCCCCCCCCGGGUUUAACUCUGUGCUCUGGAGGGCAGGAGAGAAGCUGUUCUCCAUGUUUCUUCUCUUCCUCCUCUGCCUUUUUCUUUUUUUUUUGUGUUUAACUGGCUGAACACUAGUCAGGCUCCAUCAUACGCCACCUCUGCCGCCCUGGAGGGAACCGAGGCCUUUGCUGCUAAAAGUGACCCCUGCCUCUUCCCCGGGCCCUGGAAGCCGGUGCUCGCUGGCUCUGCCCUGGCCGGGGACAGCUGUUUGUAGCACUGGGGGAGCCAGAGCCCCGCUCCCCGCGCUUCCGGUACCACCUCGCCUCGCUGCCUGCCUUUCGUUUGGAACCGGCCCUGGGGGCUGCUCAGCCCCUCUCCCUGCCCGCCUGCACCCAGGGUGCCGUGUAAAUAAA